UGUGCAGAUCACCGGAGAGGCUGCAUGCUUUCAGACGGGAGAAGGGGGACAGUUACGAUGACAUCUAAAACCACUGCUUUGGAGCUCCGCGGAAGGGAGAUGCUGGGAUGAAGAGGUUCGGCGCGAUGUCCCACAGCACCAAGCGAAGCAAGAGGAGGAGCAGAAGAGGGUACUGCAGGAUCCUACUACUAUGCUGGGCCAUCCUGGUGGUACUACUCGUCAUGGCCCACCCAGCGGCCGCCCAGAAACGCACGGGUUCCGAAAAAGUCCCCGUCCUGAACAUUGCCGUGAUCCUCGGCCGCACGCGCUACAUCUCCGACCGGGAUAUCCGAGCGUUGUGGAGCAAAGAGGACCCCAUCGACGUCAACGUGGUGACUCUGCUGGUGAACGAGACCGACCCGAAGAGCAUCAUCACCCACAUGUGCGACCUCAUGUCCGGGACUAAGAUACACGGCGUGGUCUUCGGCGACGGCACGGAUCAGGAGGCGGUGGCGCAGAUUUUGGAUUUUAUUUCCUCGCAAACGCUCAUCCCCAUCCUGGGCAUCCACGGUGGGUCCUCGAUGAUCAUGGCAGAAAAGGAUGUCAAGUCCACGUUCUUCCAGUUCGGGGCAUCCAUCCAGCAGGAGGCGCUGCUCAUGCUGAACAUCAUGGAGGAGUACGACUGGCACAUCUUUUCCAUAGUGACGUCCAAGUACCCGGGCUAUCAGGAGUUCAUCAACAUCCUCAAAACCACCGUGGAUAACAGCUUCGUGGGUUGGGACCUGCAGAACAUCAUCACCCUGGACGCGGUGGAGGAGGACAGCCGCUCGCAGAUCAUGCUCAAGAAGGUGCAGUCUCCCGUGGUUCUCCUCUACUCCUCCAAAGACGAAGCUGUGAUCAUCUUGGAGGAGGCACGAUCCCUAGGCCUCACAGGAUUCGGAUACAUCUGGAUAGUUCCGUCCCUCACCACCGGCAACCCGGAGAUCACCCCCGAAGAGUUCCCGUCGGGCAUGAUCUCCGUGUCCUACGACGACUGGGACUACCCCAUAGAGGCGCGGGUGAGAGACGGGCUGGGGAUUAUCACGUCGGCGGCGGCGGCCAUGUUGGAGGAGCACGGGGACAUACCGGAGGCGAAGACGUCGUGUUACGGCCCCAUGGAGAAGACCAAUAAACUCCCGCUCAGCGCACUGCACAAGUACAUGAUGAACGUGACGUGGGAUGGUAGAGACUUGUCAUUCACGGAGGACGGGUACCAAGAAAACCCCAAGCUGGUGGUCAUCGUGCUCAACAAGGAGAGAGAGUGGGAGAAGAUGGGUAAAGUGGACAACCGCAGCCUGAGCCUCAAGUACCCAGUGUGGCCUCGCUUUAACUCUUUCGGAGACGCAGAGCUGGACGAUAACCACCUGUCCAUCGUCACUCUGGAGGAGAAGCCCUUUGUGAUCGUGGAGGACGUGGAGAGGCUCACCGGCACCUGCAUGAGGAACUCUGUGCCCUGCAGAAAGCACAUCAAGGACAACUCGACUGAAUCUGGUGGAACCUACAUCAAAAAGUGCUGUAAAGGCUUCUGCAUCGACAUUUUGAAGAAGAUCGCGAAAUACGUGAAGUUCACCUAUGACCUGUACCUGGUAACCAAUGGCAAACAUGGCAAGAAAAUCAACAACGUCUGGAAUGGGAUGGUGGGAGAGGUGGUCUAUAAGAAAGCCGUCAUGGCCGUCGGGUCUCUGACGAUCAAUGAGGAGCGUUCUGAGGUCAUCGAUUUCUCCGUCCCGUUCGUGGAAACCGGGAUCAGCGUCAUGGUCUCCCGUAGCAACGGAACAGUGUCUCCAUCAGCCUUCCUCGAGCCAUUCAGCGCAUCAGUGUGGGUCAUGAUGUUCGUGAUGCUCCUGCUGGUCACUGCAAUGGCUGUCUUCAUGUUCGAGUACAUCAGUCCACUGGGAUUCAACAGGAACCUGGCGCAGGGCAAAGACCCGCACGGCCCCUCCUUCACCAUGGGCAAGGCCGUGUGGCUGCUCUGGGGCCUGGUCUUCAACAACUCCGUGCCCGUCCAGAACCCCAAGGGAACCACCAGCAAGUUCAUAGUCUCCGUGUGGGCCUUCUUCGCCGUCAUCUUCCUGGCCUCCUACACUGCCAACCUGGCCGCCUUCAUGAUCCAAGAGGAGUUCGUGGACCAAGUGACGGGGCUCUCCGACAACAAGUUCCAGAACCCAUACGCGUACUCCCCUCCUUUCCGGUUCGGGACUGUGCCAAACGGUUCAACGGAGAGAAACAUCCGGAAGAACUACCCGGCCAUGCACCAGUACAUGGUCAAAUACCACCAGACCGGAGUGACAGACGCCCUGGUCAGCCUCAAGUCGGGGAAACUGGAUGCGUUUAUCUACGACGCUGCAGUGCUCAACUACAUGGCUGGGAGAGAUGAGGGCUGUAAGCUGGUCACCAUUGGCAGCGGCUACAUCUUCGCUACCACUGGAUAUGGCAUCGCUCUGCAGAAGGGCUCCUACUGGAAGAGACAGGUGGACCUGGCGAUCCUGGCCAUCAUCGGCGACGGUGAGAUGGAGGAGCUGGAGGCCCAAUGGCUGACUGGUAUCUGCCACAACGAGAAGAACGAGGUGAUGUCCAGUCAGCUGGAUGUGGACAACAUGGCCGGGGUCUUCUACAUGUUGGCUACGGCGAUGGGCCUGUCCCUCAUCACCUUCAUCUCAGAGCAUCUCUUCUACUGGAGGCUGCGCUACUGCUUCACUGGGGUCUGCUCCGGACAGCCGGGGCUCCUCUUCUCCAUCAGUCGGGGAAUCUGGAGUUGUAUCCAUGGAGUUCAUAUUGACAUGAAGAAAAAGACGGAUCUGGAUUUCAGUCCCCAGGAUAAGAUGCUUAAGCUGAUAAAGUCCGCUAAACAGAUGUCCAACAUGGCCAACCUGGCGGCCAACUCUCCCAAACGGGAGUUUAUGCACUCGGCUGGUCCCAUGAUCAUGGACAUGAUGGCGGAGAAGGGGAACUUUAUCUAUGCGGACAACCGAAGCUACGCUCCCAAAGACAUGAUCUACGGGGACACUGGGGACAUACAGGCCUAUCUCGCCAACCGCCACAAAGACCACCUCAACAACUACAUAUUCCAGGGAGGACAGCAUCCCCUGACCUUGAAUGAUGCCAAUCCCAACUCAGUGGAGGUAGCAGUGAGUGCUGAUGCAGUCCAGACCAAUGCCAAACCCCCUCGCACCCUGUGGAAAAAGUCUGUGGACUCACUUCGCUCAGCGCCUCCUGGCCCCGCCCCCAUGCCUGACAUGCUCAUGCCUGACCCCCGUCUGUCCAUGAAGACCCAGAGGUACCUCCCGGAGGACACCGCCCACUCGGACAUCUCCGACUGCUCCAGCAGAGCCGCCUCCUACAAGGACCCAGAAAACAACAAGCACCUGAAGUCCAAGGACAACUUAAAAAAAAGAUCCGUGACGUCAAAAUACCCAAGGGAUUGCAGUGAGGUAGAGCUGUCCUACUUAAAGACUAAACAGGUCAGCAGUGGAACUAACCAAAGCGGGAGAGGAGCAGGAGGAGAAAAAAUUUACACUAUUGAAUCAGACCGAGAAAUGAGCCUUCAUUCAGACCCCAUUCAGUACCGCGAGAGCAGAGGCCUGGCCGCUGACGAUCUGGACUACCCCGAAAUCUAUUCUGACCACAGUGAUAAUUACAGGAAGUGUGAGCAGCCCAUUAUCCACCUGAACUCCUCUCCUCUGCAUCACACAGACUCUGACAUGUUACCAGACCCAACAUACUCCAAACACUACAGCCUAAAAGAAAAAAACCUCUCUCUGUCGCCACAUGAAACUAUUGAUCGAUACAAACAGACACACUGCCGUGCAUGCUUGUCUAAGAUGACCACGAGUUACCCAGCAGGCGGAUCCUAUCCCUCAUCAGGGUCUGCUACGCGCUCCCCCUACAACCGCUGUGAAGCCUGCCUCCACACAGCAAACCUGUAUGAUAUUAGUGAGGACCAGCUCCUCGCUGACUCCCUGAUCAGUCCCACCAUGCACCUCCAGCAUCCACAGACACAAGACGAGAUGUUUGGGCUCUACUGGCCCCAGACCGACGGGCCUCAUGUGCAAAAGAGAAACCGUCUACGGCUGAGUCGGCAGCACUCCUUUGACAACAUCAUGCUAGAAAAGCCCAAGGACACGGACCAGGGACGACCUGCCCGCAGCGUAAGCCUCAAGGAGAAGGACCGCUUCCUGGAUUCUGCCUCCGACUCCCAGUAUGCCAAUCUUUUCGGCAUGCGGCCCUACUCUGGCAAACUGUUCGGCACAGGCCCCAAAUCUAUGUUCAAUCAUAAUUUAGAGGAGAGCAAGAGGAGCAAGUCCCUGUACCCUAUCCAUGGCUCUGACAACCCCUUCCUCAGCCACUCACUAAGGGACGACACCAGUAGCAGACUGGUCCAUGGGCGGAGCUCCUCAGAUAUUUACAAACAGCUGGCUGUGGCCUCCCCUGCAGCUGUGCUCACAUCAGCCCCCAUUCAAACACGCAUUGAUGCGAACAAUCUGCGCUCCUCUGUUAAGUCCAAUGCUUCAUACUGUUCACGGGACGGGCGGAUAGCCAAUGACAUGUACACUAAGGAGCAUGCAAUGCCUUACUCAGCCAAUAAGACUAGUGCAUACCCCGCACAGCGUGGUGUCCUAAACUCAGCCCAGAUCAGCAAUAGACGGCUGUAUAAAAAAGUCCCCAGUCUUGAGUCCGAUGUUUAG